GAGAGAGAUUCACUCUUCAAUCUUCAUGAACAGAUUCAAAACAACUCCUCUCUCUCUCUCUCUCGUUCUGAAUCUUCAAGAACUCAACACAUACAUACACACAUAUAUAUACACAACGUUCUUCUUUCAAUCCAUUAAUAUUUUCCAGAUUUGUUUAUCGCUUCUUCGGUAAAAGACAAAAAAAGAACCACAGUGUUGCGAAGGACAAUGAUGAUGUUACCAGAAGACUGCGUGGCAAAGAUUCUGUCGUUCACAACUCCGGCGGACACAAUGUCAUCGGCGGCGGUCUCAUCGGUUUUCCGGUGUGCUGGAGACUCAGAUUUCGUCUGGGAAAAUUUUCUACCGUCAGAUUACGAUCGCAUGAUUUCUCAAUCCAUUGGUCAUCUGAGUUUCUCUACGAAGAAAGACCUCUAUCGACGUCUCUGCGAAUCGAUUCUCAUCGAUGAUGGCCGAAAGAUGUUCAAAAUCGAUAAAUUUUCCGGGAAAAUAUCUUACGUUUUAUCCGCGAGAGACCUUUCCAUAACUUGGAGUGAUCAACCAAUGUAUUGGUCUUGGAACCGUAGACAAGAUUCAAGAUUUGCGGAGGCAGUUGAACUUGUAAUGACGGAUUGGUUAGAGAUUCAUGGGAAAAUCCGAACCGGACUCCUAUCGCCGAGCACACGAUAUGGAGCAUAUCUUGUAAUGAAAGUGACCGCACGAGCCUAUGGACUCGACCUAGUUCCGGCCAAGACUUCUAUUAGAUUGGGGAAUGAUCAGACACACAAAAAUUCCACCUACUUAUGUUGCCUGGAGGACAAGAAAGAGCUUAUGAAACGAUUGAUUUUCGCGAACCGAGAAGAGAGGAUGGCAGAAGUGGUGGUGGCAGAGGCCGGAGGAGGACAACUGAACGAGCCGAAAGAAAGGAGCGACGGUUGGAUGGAGAUCGAGUUGGGAGAAUUCGAGACCGGAAAAGGAGAUCACGACAACGAAGUGGUUAUGGGUCUUACGGAGGUUGAAGGGUUUCAAUUGAAAGGAGGAAUUGUGGUUGAAGGUAUUGAAGUGAGGCCUAAACCCUGAAAGGAAGCACUUAGAUGAACAAGAAAUUGGGUUCAAUUGUACUAUAUUUUAGUUUGGGGCAAAAAUGAGAGUAAAGAGAAAAGUGGGUGGUGUGUAGCGUAAUUUGUAUAUUUUCAUUCAUUCAUAAGGUCCAAAGUACAUGUCAA